CUCCCUAACAUACAUACCAUCUUUCUUCCCUGCUCUUCCACCCCCUAAUUCUUUCUCUACUUUUUCUGUGCAUAGACAACAAGCGCCAUCAAAUUCACCACAUUUCAAUUAAAUUCAAUACAGAAUUUCAUCUACAUUCUUCAAAAAUGCCUCUUAUGCCUUCAUUUGAUCACAACGAGGAAGAGGACGUGAAUAUUUUUGUACCAGAAGCGAUAGAACUGGAAGCGCCUAUAAAAAUUGAAGUAUAUGAAGGAACAUAUAAUCCCAUGGGAAAUCAUCCGGAGGAUGCUCAACCCGUCAGGUUUACUUGGAAGAUUGAAGAUUUUUCAGGGUUAGGUGUGAGGAAACUCUACUCCAGCACGUACCAGCUUGGUGAUGUUAAAUGGAGGAUACUCAUUUUUCCGAUGGGGAACAAUGUUGAUUUUCUAUCCAUGUAUAUAGAAUUUAUUGAUGCUACAAAUUUACCAUAUGGUUGGAGUAUAUAUGCAGAAUUCAGCUUCACUGUUGUUAAUCAACUUCAUCGCGGCUAUUCAAUCAAGAAAGAAGCAAAACACCAUCUUAAUGCCGGGGAAAGUGAUUGGGGUUUCACAUCCUUCAUGCCACUUAAUGAGCUUUAUGAUGCAAGCCGAGGUUUUAUUGUCAAUGACACCUGUGUGAUUGAAGUUGUGGUUGCUAUAUACAGAGCCACAGACCAAUGGUCGUAUGAUUCGAAAAGGGAAACUGGUUAUGUUGGACUUAAGAACCAAGGAGCCACCUGUUAUAUGAACUCUCUUCUCCAGAUGUUGUUCCAUAUUCCAUAUUUCAGAAAGGUUGUAUACCACAUGCCUACUAGUGUUAAUGAUGAGCCGUCCACAAGUAUCCCUAUGGCUCUGCAGAGCUUAUUUUAUAAGCUUCAGCACAGUGAACGUAGUGUUGCAACAAAAGAUUUGACAAAAUCCUUUGGGUGGGACACGCACCAUGCUUUCCUGCAACAUGAUGUACAGGAGUUCAACAGAGUCCUGUGUGAGAAGCUUGAAGAAAAAAUGAAGAUAACUGUCGUGGAAGGUGCUAUACAACACUUAUUCGAAGGGCACCACAAGAACUACAUUGAAUGCAUCAAUGUGGAUUACAAGUCUAGUAGGCAGGAGUCAUUCUAUGAUCUCCAGCUUGAUGUCAAGGGUUGUCAUGAUGUAUAUGCUUCGUUUGAUAAGUAUGUUGCAAUUGAACAUCUGGAUGGUGAUAACAAAUAUCAUGCUGGACAGUAUGGUUUGCAGGAUGCUAAGAAAGGGGUCUUGUUUAUUGACUUUCCACCAGUGCUCCAGCUUCACUUAAAGCGAUUUGAAUAUGACUUUGUGCAGGAUGGUAUGGUAAAGAUAAAUGACCGCUAUGAGUUCCCUCUUCAACUUGAUUUAGAUAGAGACAAUGGAAGAUACUUGUCACCUGAGGCUGAUAGAAGAGUGCGCAAUCUCUAUAUACUUCACAGUGUUUUGGUCCACAAUGGUGGUGUGCACGGCGGACACUAUUAUGCUUUUAUAAGGCCAACUCUAUCCAACCAGUGGUAUAAAUUUGAUGAUGAACGAGUGACAAAAGAAGACAUGACAAAGGCUUUAAGUGAGCUUUAUGGAGGUGAAGAAACAAAUCCAGGAAUUAAUAACGCCCCGUUCAAGUUUACGAGGCAUUCAAAUGCCUAUAUGCUGGUGUACAUACGUGAAAGUGACAAGGAUAAAAUACUGUGUGACAUUGAUGAGAGAGACAUAUCUGAGCAUCUUAAGGAGAGGUUAAAGAGGGAGCAGAAAGAGAAAGAGAUCAAGAAGAAAGAAAAAGCAGAAGCUCAUAUGUACAUGACUGUGAAGGUUGUGACUGAUGAAGAUUUUGCAGAACAGAUAGGAAAGGAUAUAUGUUUUGAUUUAGUAGAUCAUGCCAAAGUUAAAAGUUUUCGUCUUCACAAGCUGAAGUUAUUCCACACUUUCAAGGAAGAGAUUGCCAGUGAAUUUCGUGUACCUGCGCACUUCCAGCGUUUCUGGCUAUGGGCAAAACGCCAAAACCAAACUCAUCGUCCUAACCGACCUUUGACGCUACUUGAGGAGUCCCACACUGUAGGGUAUUUGAACAAGUUAUCAAUAAAGGGUCAGGACGAUGAACUGAGGUUGUUCUUAGAAGUAGAGCGUCGACAGGAUUUGCUGGCUGGUCCUCUCCCUUGUAAAGAAAGUGAUGACAUUUUAUUGUUCUUCAAGCUUUAUGAGCCUGAGAAAGGGGAGUUAAGAUAUGCUGGAAGACUUUUCGUCAAGAGCAAUUGCAAGCCAGCAGAUAUUCUGGAGAAGCUAAAUGAACUUGCAGGCUAUGCUCCUGAUGAAGAGAUAGAACUCUUCGAGGAGAUAUCGUUUGAGCCCAUGGUCAUGUGUGAGUACAUUGACAAGGAACUUACCUUUAGAUCUAACCAGCUAGAGGAUGGGGACAUUAUCUGCUAUCAAAAGUCCCACGCUGCUCAAACUAGGCAACAAUUUCGUUGCCCUGAUGUUCCCUCAUUUCUAGAAUACCAGCAUACUCUCCAAGUUAUCCGUUUUCGCUCCUUGGAAAGGCCUAGAGAGGAUGAAUUUUGCUUACAACUGUCAAAGCUUGAUUCAUAUGAUGAGGUUGUUGAGAGAGUAGCUAACCAACUCAGAGUUGAUGAUCCGUCCAAAAUACGGCUUACAUCGCACAAUAUCUACUCGCAGCAACCGAAAGCUCAUCAUAUAAGAUACCGAGGAGUAGAAAACUUGUUGGAGAUGCUGCUGCAUUAUGACGAGCCUUCUGAUGUUCUUUACUUUGAAGUAUUGGAUAUUCCUCUGCCAGAAUUACAAGAGUUGAGAAUCCUCAAUCUAGCUUUCAGCCACACGAAAAAAACUGAACUGGAAAGUUGCAGUAUCAGGCUGCCGAAAGAUAGCACUGUUGGUGACGUGCUUGAGGAUCUCAAGAAGAAGGUUGAACUUUCUCGUCCAAGUGCAGAACUUAGGCUGCUGGACGUAUUUGCACACAAGAUCUACAAGAUACAUCUCAGCAGUGAUAAGAUUUCAAUGAUAAAUGACAAUCGCUGGACUUUACGAGCAGAGGAGAUUCCUGAGGAGGAGAAAUUUCUUGGCCCGAGUAAUUGCUUGAUUCAUGUGUAUCACUUCAUGUAUGUUGAUGCUCAGAGCCGAACGCGAAUUAAAAACUUUGGUGAGCCAUUUUUAUUGAUGAUUAGCGACGGUGAGACUUUGUCUUAUAUCAAGGCUCGUGUGAAGAACAAGUUGAAAGUACAAGACGAAGAAUUUUCAAAGUGGAAAUUUGCAUUUGUGUCAUAUGGUCAAGUAGAAUACUUGGAGGAUUCAGUUACUUUGUUCAACCAUUUCCAGACAAGCGCCAUUCGUGUUCCUUGGGAGCAAUAUCUUGGACUGGAACACAUUAACAAUACUCCAAGAAGGCCUGCUGCAGCAUAUCAGUAUCGCACCUCACAUGACAAGCCUGUGAGGAUAUACAAUUAGGAGGGUGGCCGCCAGUGGGGUCUUUGCAUGGCCGGAUCAUGAAAAUCAUCACUGCAAUAUUUGUCAAAGUUGAGAGUGUAGUGUACAUAUUUGUGUAUUUAUAUUGAAGAGCUUCUCUUGCUGCGGGGUUUUUGUGUCCAUUCACAUGUAAUCAAGCGCUUAUUGUGGGAUUUUCCAGAUUUGUUGCCGUGGAUGACCAAUCAACUGCAUCACUCAAAAUGGACAGUGAAGUUUGUAUUCUGGAUUUGUUGUAUGAGUUGUAUAGCGUAUUUAAGGAUAUGUUGAAACCUUGGCUUCAAAGUACAUUGAUGUCGGGAGAGUGUCUAUUCUUUUAAUUGUAAUUUGUAUAUUUAGAAAUAUAUAUAGAUAGAUAGAUGGAAGAGUUAUUGAAAUUGUUUCUGUUUUCCUGCAGUAAUUCUGUCAUUUAGCUUUUUAAAUGUUGUAUUGACAUAGUUUUGUUUGUUAUAUUGU